CGCCGGUCUGCCCGCGGGUGGCACGCAGUCGGCCUGGCGGAGCCUAGGCUGACGGACGCCUAGGGCCCGGGACCGCAGCACCAGGACCAGCCCGCGAGCCCGCGGUCAGGAACAGUAGGUGUCUCCCCCCAGGAAAUACACAAAGAAACACAUUGGAACCUGAGACUUCAGACACCAGAUAAAGUAUACACUGCUGGAAGGGAUCAAUGGCUACCACCCUGGGUUCUGUAACCCAGGCCUCCUUGAAUCUGGGCACAGUGUUUCAAGAGUAUGAUAAAGACACUGAAUUCUUCCGUCAGCGCUUCAGGCAGUACCGGUCCAAUGAAGCAGCCAGGCCUCGUGAUGUUUUCAACAAGCUCCUGGAGCUUUGCUCUGAAUGGCUGAAGCCAAAGAUGCGUUCUAAGGAACAAAUGGUGAAGCUUCUAACUUUGGAACAAUACCUAACAAUUAUGCCCCAGGAGCUAGAGACCUGGGUGACAGAACAAUGCCCGGAGAGUAGAGAAAGAAUUCUGUCACUCUUAGAAGAAAUACAGAUGAAACCUGAGACAACAGAGACAAAGCCCGAAAUUUCUGCACAGUCCUUUUCACAUUUCUCUUCUACUGGAGAAAACAUAUGGAUUGAUAGCCAGGAAAAGCUCUUGGAAGAUCCAGCAGUAGUCGGAAUAGCAGACAUGAUACCAAAUAUCCACCUGGAGUUACCCCCAUUCCAAGCAAUGGGAACUGUCCCCAAGGCCCAACCGGAAGAUGUGUGGAUCCCACAGGAGCCAUGCUAUGGUGCUGCUUGGGAAGACCUGUCCUUUCUGGAAACUCCUGAAUACCCAUCACCAAAGCUUGCAGCUGAAGAGCCUUGCGGGCAGGAAUUACAGAAAUGCAAGGAACUAGAAGAACUGGACUUUUUUGACUUCAACCUAGAUGAAAAUGUACUUCUUGAUACCAAUUUUAAAGAUGACUUCGAAGAGCUAAGCUACCUAUUGGGAAAGUCCGCAGAGCAGCUACUCAGAGACCACACACUGCCACUCUAUGAUCAGAAUCCUUCUUCAGGAGAAAGCGCUGAGAGCUUCAACCAGGAAGAACCUCUCAACCCCAUGGGCUAUGCACAAAACAGUGCCCCAAAGAAGCUACACCAAUGUAUUCAGUGUGGGAAAGAUUUUCUUUCCAUAAAGGUCUUUAAGGGGCACCUGAAAAUUCAUUCAGGAAAGCUCCCUCAUGGGUGCCCUGAGUGUGGGAAAAGAUUCCUUCGUAGGUCAAACCUGCAAAGGCAUCUUCGAGUUCACACAAGGGAGGCACCCUAUAAAUGCAGCGUGUGUGAGAAGCGAUUCACUCAGUUGUCACACCUCACAGAACACCAGAAAACCUCUUCUAGUCAAGGAGUGUCCACUUGCCCUGAGUGUAAGUCGCGAUUUUGUAAUAGAAAACAAUUUAUGCAACACCUAAAAAUCCACACAGGUGGAAGACCCCACAAAUGCCAGAGUUGUGAAAAAACAUUUAGACGCCAAAGAGACCUUAAUUUGCACUAUGCAUCACACACUGCACAGAGACCAUUUACAUGUGAGUAUUGUGGGAAAAGCUAUAGGCAGAGAUCCAGCCUUGUUUUUCAUUCAAGAAACCAUUCAGUGGAGAAGCCAUAGAACUAUAUCAACUGUUCUACAAGUGUCCUUAAGAAAGCCCACUUUAAUAUGCACUUUAGAGAAGAACUCUUUGAAAAUUUGUUGAGGGAAAAUGUUUCUAAACAAAGUGACAAUAAGCUACCAAAGCUUUAACUUGCACUAGGCUGUCUUGGAAAAACAGUUUUGUUUGAGCUUAUGCAUUAGAACAGCUUUGUAUUUUGCUGUGUUUAAAACUUAUCUUCCAAGGCACAUAAAUUCUAGAUUAUUCACUGAUUCUUGCCACUGUUCUAGACAUGAUUUUUUUCAGUUUACGCAAGUCUUUUUUAAUCUUUACGAUGAAAUGUCUUUGUGCUAAGCCAACCACAAUAUCGGUAUGAGUAGGGAACAUGUAAAUGCUGGCAUUCCUUUUCGAUCUAGGGUCAGUAUUCCAAUAGAUGGGUAUGUGCCCAAUUGACCUGUAUCUGUGCAAUAGUUUAGUCAUGUGGAAAUGGCUAUGCUGUUUCUUUAUGAUUGCCACUGACUAGUACUUGGAGCACCAUGCGGAUGCUUCCCUGACAGUGCCAACAAGCACUUCCCUUGACUCCCACUUACACCACAUGUCAGAAUCUCCUGUGCACCCACUGCUAUGUUUAUGCAUCAUUUGAGCCUUGAACACAGUCCAUUUCUGAAAUAUGGAGCACUUUCAAAGGAUAGGGGAAGGAAAGAUGUCCAACUCAUACAGUACUGGGAAGGGCAGAGAACCGUACCCACCACACAAGUACUAGGAAUAUUGAGCGGCUUAUAGAAGGGUGGAGACCCUACCUGGAACGAACUACCUGUAAAUUCUGUGUUUUCUUUCUUUGCUCUUUGGAAUGAUGAGAGCAUUGAAUGCUACAAACUUUAAGCCUAGCUAGGAUCACAUGCCACAAAACUUGUUUAAUGUUCUGUUUGUGAUUUUACAAUUAUUUGUUAUUACAGUUUUCAUUUUAUUUCCUUUCUGUCCCAAGAGUUAAACAUUGUUAAUUUCCUGUGAAUUUUUGGUUACAAUGCAAGUUAUUAAUA